AUGUUUGUCACCUAUACCCAUCCUUCCCAAUUGAAGGACCCUGGCAAGCAGCAACAAGUCUCCUCCUUUGCAGCACGUAAACAGCAGACAAAGUCCGAGAGAAAAAGGUCCGAGGGAAAGACGCGGGCCUCGAAAACCCGUUCGUUCGAGCCCGUGGUUUUCCGGGCUGUCAAUUCUACGCAGCGGCGUAAAGCCAAAUUUGACCACAGGAGACCUCAAACACGCACACCUCCUGGGCCGGACGCUAAUGACCUGGUUGCCCCCUUAUCCAACACUCUUGGAGGAGUGCGUGAGGAUCCAUUCAAAUCGUACCCCAUCGAAGCCACGUAUUUGGUGAAAUGGGCAGUGGAUCAAUAUGUACAAGACGUUGCCGUCAAGAGCAGGGAACUCUUCACUGACUCAAAUGGCGACAAUUGGCUGAUGACAUAUCGGUUUUCUACGUCUCUCCAAUCCGAGAUCCUGUUUGAGUGUCUCAUACUGUAUACUCUCGCCCAGUUACCCCCUUCUUACACGCCAUUUCCUGGACUUCGCCAGAUGUGUCUCCAGUAUCGAGCCAAUAUCUUGAAGAAGCUUCGUCAACGGAUAUCCGAUCCUCGGCUCUGGGCCGAUGAUACCACCUUACAUGCUAUUGUCUCUCUGCUCGGCUCCGAUUUCCACAUGGCCGAGGAUGACUACGUGGAAAUGCAUCGAGCUGGUCUCAGGCAAGUGGUAGCUAUGCGUGGUGGGCUGGAAAGCGGGAAUUUUGACGCAAUGACAAAAUUGGUGGUAUCAUCAACCGAGUAUAUGUGCGAUAUGGCCGUAAAAAGACGACGAAAGACCCAAGAGAAGCCCAUCACUCCCGAAUUGAUUCUCCAAUAUCCCAAACAUCCUUUCCCUCCCGAGAUAUCUGACCAUGUGACCAAACUCCCAGCUGGCUUUCGUGAACUGGCACUUAGUUGCAAGAUUUCUAAUCAGACCAUUGGACUCCUAUACCAACUCGCAUCAAGGGUGUCCGGGGAGCGCCCUGAAGCGCUUCCACACGUCUGGGGCCGGAGCGAGCAGUUUGGGCUCAUGCGCGUCGUGGCUACGGAAGCCGUGCCGAAACUAGAGCGGCAUAUUUGUCUUCUUGCCCUCGUGUUUGAACGGUCCUGGAUUGCAACGACUUCCGACUCCGCCGGGUUUCGAAGGAUGUACGGGCGAAUGGGCCAAGUAUUUCGGGACCGGUUACAAGAACUGACCAAGAAUAUGAUUGAGCUUGGGACAGACGUGGACAGCGACUUUCAGGUAUGGACGACGAUGAUCAUUGUGACGGCAACGGAUGAAUGCAAAUUGAGCGAGGAUGAGGGAAAAGAGCUCAUGGCGCUCGCGUUCAUGCUAUGUCCGCAGAUGAAGAGUUGGGACACUACAAUGAAGGCUCUGAAAAGAUAUUACUGGAACGAACUCUUGAUGGCUCGGUGGCACUCGGAGUGGUUAUUUGCGAGAUCUUAUAGUCUAUAG